GGCGCGCGCCUCCAUCGCUACACAGUACCAGACAUGGCGGCGGAUCUAAACCCGGACUGGCUCUCUUGCCUACCCUCUUCUUGGAGUUAUGGGGUAACCAGGGACGGAAGAGUAUUCUUCAUCAAUGAAGAAGCAAAGAGUACAACCUGGUUACAUCCCAUUACUGGAGAAGCCGUUGUUACGGGACACAGAAAAACUCCAGAUCUUCCAACAGGAUGGGAAGAAGGAUACACAUUCGAGGGAGCCCGCUGCUUCAUAAAUCACAAUGAGCGGAAGGUGACCUGCAAGCAUCCUGUCUCUGGCAUCCCUUCCCAAGACAACUGCAUCUUUGUUGUCAACGAACACGUGAAUUGUGGAAAGCUUGUCCACCCUGUUGUAAACAGACCAGCGCAGAAAGCGCCCACGAGCCCUGAGAAAAAGGAGCGACCCACGAGCACCAUGAGCGAGGCGUCGAACUACACGGGCGGCUCGGACUACACCACCUACGCAGGGAGCCCGGUUGCCAGACAAUCAAGGCCCUCCAAGAAAGUCCACAAUUUCGGAAAGAGGUCAAACUCCAUAAGGAGGAAUCCAAAUGCUCCUGUUGUCAAGAGCAGCUGGCUGUACAAACAGGACAGCACGGGAAUGAAGAUGUGGAAGAAGAGGUGGUUCGUGCUGUCGGACAUGUGUCUGUUCUACUACAAAGAUGACAAAGAAGAAUGCAUCCUGGGAAGUAUCCUCCUGCCGAGCUUUCACAUAUCCUUGCUGUCCGUGGACGACCACAUUAGCAGGAAAUACGCCUUUAAGGCGACGCACCCAAACAUGCGGACGUACUACUUCAGCACAGACAAUGCCAAAGACAUGGAGUCCUGGAUGAAGGUGAUGACGGACGCUGCAAUGGUCCACUCAGAGCCCAUCACCAGGCUGGACAAGUCCAAGGGCGACUACCGGAGCCCGCAGGAGAUGAACAACAUGCUGAACCACCGCGUGCUGACGCGGCCCGAGAUCCAGAACAACGAGCGCAACCGGGAGCCGCCGCCGCCGUCGUCGUCGUCCCGCUCGGCGGCCGAGGAGAAGAAGCCCGGCAGGGUCCUGGAGAAGCCCGGUAAGCAGCAGAAGCAGGAGCACAGCCACCGCUGCACGCUGCAGCGCGAGGGAGACCGCUACACGCUGCAGAAGGACGGGGAGAGGUACACGCUGCAGAAGGACGGAGACCGCUACUCCCUCCAGAAGGACGGGGAGAGGUACUGCCUGCAGAAGGAAGGCGAGAGGUACACGCUUCAGAAGGACAGCGACAGGCACGCCCUGCAGAAGGAGGAGGAGAUGUACGCGCUCGCCAAGGACGCGGAGCAAUACGCGCUCCAGAAAGAGGCGGACAAUUACGCCACGCACAAGGAGAUCGAGAAGUACGUUCUCCAGAAGGACGGAGAGAGAGGACACACGCUCAAGAAGGACGGUCGCUACGCCGUGCAGAAGGACGGACAAGUGUACGCUCUGCAGAAGGACGGGCAGCUGUACGCCCUGCAGAAGGACGGGGAGAGGCUGACCCUGCAGAAGGACACGGAGAGGUACAUGGUCCACAAGGACGCGGAGCGACACACGCUCCACCACAAAGACUCCAAGAGGUACGUCUUGGCGAAGGACACGGAGACGUACGUCUCUCAGAAGGACAUCGAGAGGUACCCGCUGCACACGGACGGCGAGACGCUGCCGGUCUCGCCACGGGACGGCGAGCGCGCCUACGGCUCCGGCUACCAGCGCGAGCCGUCGUCGUCGUCGUCGUUGGCGGAGCAGCCCGUGGCGCGGCCCGUGGCCAAGAUCAACAGCAUCAAGCUGCAGCCGGAGCAGGCGGCCGCCAUCGCCGCCGCCGUCUCCUCCUCCCGCCAGCUCCAGCUCCAGCUCCAACUCCAGCAGCAGCAGCAGCAGGCCGCCCAGCAACAGCAGCAACAGCAACAGCAGCAACAGCAGCCCCAUAAGCCGGCCCAGCUCAACGGCUCUGGGGAGCGCAGCCCGCUAGGGGACAUGGCACCCACACAGCAGCAGCAGCAGCAGCAGCAGCAGCAGCAGCAGCAGCCCACCAGAGCUCCAGGCCAGGGCCAGGGCCAGGGGCCGAGCCAGACACACACCCACAGCACCCAGCAGCAGCAGCAGCAGCAGCCGCUGGGCCACGAGCCGGAGAGGAACCUGCAGAGGACCAGCUCCAUGCAGCAGCUGGAGCAGUGGGUCAGGGCCCACCCGAGGGUGCGGCCCGGCGAAGACGACACCAGGAGCAUAACCUCCUAUCAGACGCUGCCGAGAAACAUGCCCAGCCAUCGGGCGCAGGUGCUGCCGCGCUACCCAGAGGGCUACCGGACGCUGCCGCGCAACAGUGGCACGGCUCGGCCUGGCAGCGUGUGCGGGUACCCCACCUCGGCCUACGAGCGCGGAGGAGGCGGGAGCGGCGGCGGCGGCGGCUCUCAUCAUCACACCCUCACCACGGCGACGGCGUCGGAGAAGCGGCGCUCCAUGCGGGACGACACCAUGUGGCAGCUGUACGAGUGGCAGCAGCGGCAGGUGAUGAGCCAGCGGCAGGCCUACGCCACGCUGCCCAGCCCGCGCACCAUGGCCGACAUCGCCGAGCACGUGGCGGCCGCCAUCGUCCCCGGCGCCCGCGGCAGCAUCGCCAUCGCCCAGUCCAUCCCGCCCUCGCCCUCGCACGCCUCCGUGGGCGGAGGCCUCUACCACACCUACUCGCCGCGCCGCUCCUCGCAAAACCACGCCACGCGCUCCGAGCUGUCCUCGCCCAUCUACCGCGGCGACCUGAGCAUCGACCGCCGGCACCGCGCCCACCCCAACAAGUAUGCCUACCCCACUGACCGGAGGUCCGUGCCCAUGGGGAUGCCAGUCCAGAGCAUCACCCCCCAGUCGCUCCAGGGCAAAACGAUUAGUCCGGAAGACUACCGAGACGGCUCCUACACAUACAGACCAGAGGAGCUGGACGUGGACACGAAGCUCAGUAGGUUGUGUGAACAAGACAAGGUGGUGCGAACCCAAGAGGAUAAACUGCAGCAGCUCCACAGAGAGAAGCACACGCUGGAGACGGCGCUUCUGUCGGCGAGCCAGGAGAUCGAGAUGAGCGCCGACAACCCGGCGGCCGUGCAGAGCGUCAUCCAGCAGAGGGACGUCCUGCAGAGUGGCCUGCUCAGCACCUGCCGCGAGCUCACCCGCGUCACCGCGCACUGUGUGCUGCUGUGUCCCCAGGAGCUGGAGCGGGCCUGGAGAGAUCACGACCGGCUGGAGGCCGACGUCACCACCGCCAAGACCAACCUGCUGGAGAGACUGGAGGCCCUGGGCAGCCCACAGACAGAGCCCCCAAGCCAGCAGCAUGUUCAGAUCCAGAAGGAGCUAUGGCGGAUCCAGGAUGUGAUGGAGGCUUUGAGCAAAAACAAGCCACAAAGAAGCGUCGACACCAGCUUCCCCGGCACAAAAUCGGUAACAAAUGUACACAAAAAUGAGGAGGUAGACCCUGUGCCCCCUCGACCCCCUCUUCCACACUCCUAUGAGAGCGGCGACUGUUCGCCCAUCGUGCCACCCGUGACCCCCUCCACUGGCUCCGGCACGGGCACGGGCACCGGCGCCAGCCAAGGGCACCUGCCCCGGCCUCUCCAGCACCAGAGGAACGGCGCCCAGAGCGGCCCAGACUACCGCCUGUAUAAGAGCGAGCCGGAGCUCACCACCGUGGCCGAGGUAGACGAGUCCAACGGAGAGGACAAGACCGUCGAGCAGGCUGCGGAGAAAGACUCCGCCAGCGCUAAAGGUGCCUGAACG